CUCAUUGGUUAGUGUGACUGAAGGUGGGGUUUGAAGAUCGCAAUCCCAAAUCAAAGCCAUCUGAGUUUGGAAAAGAGGGAUGUGAUUAUAGGAAAUGGACAAGGUAAUUAUCAAAACUCCUUAUAAAAGCAUAGAAAGCAAACCCGAUGUGUGAGCUCACACAGCCGCUCACUAUAUAAACAGCAACAUGUGGAGGAGACGCGCUCAAGUUUCCUGAUCACACCGACUGUCAGAACAAAAGCGGCGCCCGUGUUUGAACGAUGUGUGGAUUAUUGCCGUGCUUAUCAUUAUUAUUAUUAUGAGUGGCCAUGGCGUGGUGUGACCGUGGGAUUCAGAUGCUGCUGGCCACCGUCGGGGCUUUCGUGGCGUUUAGUUUGAUGAGCAUCGCCAUCGGGACCGACUACUGGCUUUAUUCUCGGGCAUACAUCUGUAACGCCACCAACAUCAGCACGGACGAGACGCAGGCGCAACCCAAGAAGGUCCGCGGAGAUCUCACGCACUCCGGGCUCUGGAGGAUCUGCUGUAUAGAGGGUCUCAACAAAGGAAGUUGUUACCGAAUCAAUCAUUUCCCAGAUGACAAUGAUUAUGACACAGACAGCUCUGAAUAUCUCUUACGAAUUGUGCGUGCCUCCAGUGUGUUCCCUAUCCUCAGUACCAUUUUGCUCUUGCUGGGGGGGCUGUGUGUCGGUGUAGGACGCAUCUACAACAAGAGGAACAACAUAUUACUCAGCGCCGGGAUACUAUUUGUGGCAGCAGGUUUGAGCAACAUCAUCGGUAUAAUCGUCUACAUCUCCAGCAAUGCCGGUGACCCCAGUGACAAACGAGACGAAGACAAGAAGAGCCAGUACAACUAUGGCUGGUCGUUUUACUUCGGAGCACUCUCUUUUAUUGUGGCCGAGGCGGUGGCUGUUCUGGCUGUCAAUAUCUACAUUGAGAAGAACAAAGAAGUACGGUUCAAAGCACGUCGUGAGUUCAUCAAGUCUACCUCGUCUUCUUCGCCAUAUUCUCGCAUGCCCAGCUUUCGCUACCGACGACGGCACUCACGCUCCAGCUCUCGGUCAACGGAAGCAUCCCGUGAGGCGUCACCCGUGGGCAUGAAGAUGAUGAGCUCGGUGCCCGUCGGAGAGAUCAACAUGUACACAUUGACAAGAGACCCCCUCAAGUCAGGGACAGACAGCUCCUACAGCCCAGACCACGAUUCGGGAUUCCUCCAAGUGCACAACUGCUUUCCCAAAGACCUUAAUGAUGGUAUCAACAGGAGAACAACACCUGUAUGAGGGUACACACUGGAACGGAAGAGAUAAUAUUAAGGCCAUACUGAAUGGAUAGCCAUCAGGGCUCAGUGGCCUGUGGCAGAUGCCAGUGGAAGGGAUACUCAUUGGUGAAGCCAGUCAACGAAUGACAUCUCUCAUCGGUGAAGGAGAAGCACUGUGUUAAGAGGGAAGGUUUUCAUCUCUGCAUUCAACAACCAUUGUGAAUACGCUAAUUUAUUUUUUCUUCUUGUGUUGCUCCUCACAUAUAAACAGGAAGUCUCAGAGAGACCCAUCUCUCAUCAAAGGGCAAGACACGCAAAUGUAAAAUGGAUGGUCUUGGACAGAUAUUAAGAACUUUGAGUAAGCCAGUCCAUUACCUUGGUUGAUAAAUAUCUUUUUGUUUGUCAGUACAGUGCCAUACUCUCAAUGUAUACCAAUGUGAUAAUGACUCUCACAGUUUGAGAUGGUGCUAACGUAGGCUUACAGCUGAAGCCUUCCCAUUAUUGUGUGUUCAGUACAGACUCGAGUUGAAUACUGAACGCCCUUGUUCGUGUCACAUGUUGUCUAACCCUAUUCAGUGUGCCUAUCAUCUUGGCAGUGUCAACUGCUCAGACUUACUCUGGAGCCACUUUGCAACAGUGCAAAACUAUAUUCCUCUGUUUUUGUUGUUGUACAACUAGAAAUAUCAGUUGAAUUACUAAAUAAUCACUGGGACAGUUUAGUUUAGGAGAUUUAUGACUACUAAUUGUGUAUAAACACCCUGCUGAAAAGACCAGCUUGGAUUUUCAUGAUGUUCUCACUGGUUUGUUCUGGUCUGGAGCUUUCCCAUCUGGUGAACCUGCUUAGACAAACUUGAUCAAGGAAGUCUUGCUGGUUAAAGUUUGCAACCCAUUUUAUUUUUGUCAUUUAAUGUAUUUCAGAGUGAAAUGUAGAACUGGACUUGACUUCAUCCAUUAGAAACUGGUUGGAUUCUGUAAAGUUUACUCAUGUUCCAAAUUAUUUUUUUUCCCCAGUAAUGUCCAUGCAGCUAUUUUCCAUAUAAAGAAUGUGAAUGAGAAUCAGGACUGUAGUUCACCAAGAUUACAAGAGCUUUUGUACCACAUAGUUCUAGAAUGGUGGUUCCUAGAGAAGCAAUUUACCUCUCGGCCCAUUUUCCUGGUUGCAUUUGCAUCGGCAGCAGGAACUCUGAAGCGGCCAACAGUGACGUCUUUAUUCACGCCAUUUACAAACGUCAGCAACCGGUGAAUGGAGAACGCCAUGAUCUGAGCUGUGUGUUUUUGUUGUGUGACAUGGCUUUCGUGAUAACAGAGACAGAAUGUAAAUGCACAAUUUACGCAAUUAAAAGAUCAUGGAAAUCUGAUUAGAUAUCUUCUAUGACAACUUGCAGUGUUACAUAUCAUCGAGGCUGAGAAAAGAACACAACUCUGCAGACAACAGGUAGCUAAAUGUUGUUAUCACUGUUUUCCAAGUUCGUGGAGUAAAUAUUUUAAAAAUGCCGGGUAGCCAGUGUUUCGAAUGCAUUUGGCCAAUCUGCGUACACUUAUGUCACUGGUAGUUCCUAUAGAACUGUUUUAGACUCUGAAGUAGGAGCUAAUUCAGUUUCCCCAAACCGAGUUCCUAGAACUAAAUAUGUUCCUGGUUCCUGUGGUGCAAAAGCACCAAAAAGCGUGAACUUCCACAAUUCUAGGAACUAUAGAAAGGUUUCUCUGGUGCGAAAGCCCCUAAUGUUCUUGAGUUUAUUGGACUGACUCAGUUAAUACAGUUAUAGUCACCAGACUGGAAAGUAAAAUUAUCAGUGAAUAAUAACUUGGAGUACUAAUGGGCUACUAUUAUGAUGCUUUCAUGUCAAGUUCUCAUUAUGACUCAUACACUGUAUUCCAACUGACUGAAUCAUUGAGUCUCUUUAGAACUAAAUCAGUCCAGUAAAUGAAUCAUUCCAACUGUUUGUGUAACCUUGACUGUACAAAAUUCUGAAAAGCUAGUUUCGAAGUCUGGUUUAGACUCCAGCGUUCCUUGCUCAGCACCAGCAUCAAAAACACGUCAUAUGAUGGUGACCAGCUCUAAUGGUCUUUUCAGCAGGGAAGCAUAGUAGUAUUCAACAGGCCUCAAGUUUUAUACUCUCACUUUGAAUUCUGACUGCCAUUGAUAGUCAACAAGUGUCGGUAGUUAACCAGCCAGUGUUGUCGCUUUCCAUUGUGAACCAGUCAAAAAGUGAUGUAAUUCCUCAGCCUUCAUCUCCAUCGAGGGGUUUCACCUUUACUAAAGCUCGGUCUUUGCCUGAAUGUGGGUUAAAUAUAGCCACUCCUUCUGGUGAAUUUGAGUGAUGGCUGUGCAACGUCUGAAUGGGGCACCUUUGGGGAUCUGACAUUGUUUGAGUCCGCUGAUAAAAGGAGUGCUGAGAAAUGUCAGACAUCCGGAAAUGAAAGGCAAGUUUUGAGCCGGUCAGCCCUGAGAAGCAUUAGAUAAGUAUCUAGGGCAGAGCAGUAUGAAAGACAUCAGUGUGGCCAGUCCAGCCCUUUAGAAGACCAUUCAAAGUGUCUUAGCCUCACCAGAGCCUUAUGCCUGGAUUUCUCUUUGAGUCGACAAUAUAACCUCGUCUCUUCUUUGUUACUGCUGGUUUUCCUCUCCCAUCUCGCUUCCCCUCGACAGAUCCUUAGUGAAGAAUCUAUCGCUUUUUCCCGCUAAGGUCCCAGAAGACUGUGUGAGCGGUCAAAUUUGUGUUGCUAAAAGUGUUUCCUCACAAAAAGAGAGGUCGCAAGUAGAUGUAAAUAUCUGGUAGGUGUUUCACUAAAUUGAAGCAUUUACAGCUACCUUUUCUUAGUAAAGCCAUUUUGACACUUUUGAGCUUUUGAGCCAUGGCUCUUUGUAGAACGGUGUGUGGUGGGUAGAUGUAAAUGUUUGCAUGUUUUUCUCUAACCCAUUGACUUUGUGUGCUUUUAACAGUAUUAUUAACAGGAUGACUCCAGGAUGCCUCACUGCCAAGCAUCACUCACUAUAAAUACCUGUAAUGUUCUCUCUGUUCAUCAUUGGAAGGCGUUUCGUCCUUCUGGUUUUCUUGAUUUGCUAAUGUUGUUCUCAGUAUUUCUCUGUAUCAUGGGCAAAGUCGACAUAUCGUUGCUCACAGAAAUAAAUUUAAUUGAGGUACGGUGUCUCGCUUAUGCAUAUGUGCUUUGUUAUGUGACUUUUGUGUUUUGUAACUGGACUAGGAAUAAUCUUACAAAUAAAACAGCCUAGCAGCUGUCUAUAUUUGCAAAAUAAAGAACAUAAUUAGAAAGACAACAUUGCAAUCACUAUACUGGAAAGUAAGAUUAUCAGUGAAUAAUUCUUUGGAUUACUAAUGGAAUACUAUUAUUAUGCGUUUACGUCAAGUUGUGCUUAUGACUCAUAAACUAUAUUCCAACUGGCUAAAUCACUGAAUCACCUGAGAACUGAAUCAGCCCAGUGAUUGAAUAAUUCCAAUUUUUUUUUUUCCAUUGGUUUGAAUAAUACUCAUACAGGUUUGAAAUGACAUGAGAAUGAAAAAACGCGAAAAUGUACCUCUUAUAAAGUACACGUGCUGUUCUUUCUCUAUGGAUAAUGCUGAGAAACAAAAUGAGGAGUGUCAU